AUGGUCAAACCGAGGCUCAUCAUCCUCAUUCGGCACGCUCAGUCCGAGGGCAACAAGAACCGCGAUAUUCACCAAACGAUACCCGAUCACCGAGUAAAGUUGACACAAGAUGGCUGGCAACAAGCCUACGAAGCUGGUCGCAACCUGCGCAAGUUGCUGCGCGCCGAUGACACACUGCAUUUCUUUACGUCCCCCUACCGCCGGACUCGCGAGACAACCGAGGGCAUUCUCUCGACGCUGACAUCCGACGAGGAGGAUCCUUCUCCAUUCAAGCGCUCCAACAUCAAGGUCUACGAGGAACCACGCUUGCGUGAGCAGGACUUUGGCAACUUCCAGCCAUGCUCCGCCGAAAUGGAACGCAUGUGGCAAGAGCGUGCCGAUUACGGCCAUUUCUUCUACCGCAUCCCCAAUGGCGAGAGCGCCGCAGACGCCUACGACAGAGUUAGUGGCUUCAACGAGAGUCUGUGGCGUCAGUUCGGCGAGAAUGAUUUUGCCAGCGUUUGUGUACUAGGUAUGUCGGACACCUCAGAGCCGUUUGGUCUUGUGUCGCUAACUUUUCUAGUCACCCACGGCCUCAUGUCCCGGGUGUUCUUGAUGAAGUGGUAUCACUUCACUGUCGAGUAUUUUGAGGACCUGCGGAACGUCAACCACUGCGAGUUCCUCAUCAUGCGCAAGCAAGAAGAGAGCGGCAAGUACAUCCUCGAGAACAAACUCCGGACAUGGUCAGAGCUACGCAAGGAGCGGGCCGAGUUAAAGGAGAAGGAGGAGAAGGAAAGGAGCGAGGUCGAGGGGAACCAGGAAAGGUCCACCAAGGAUGCCAAGAACGGUACUCUUCUCGAACGCAGUAAGACCUUCAUCGUCACGCGGCGCUGGGGUGGCUGUCCUAACGGGUGUAAUCACAAGAGCCACUACCAGAGGCGAGACGACCUGGAAGCCCUUCGCCGAACGGACGAAGUCACCUCUAAUGGGUCUGUUGUAUCCCGUCGGCAGUCCCCUGCACCAGGACGGCGACCCAUUAAGCGAUGCGAGCAGGGAUACACAUCCGACGAGGGCACCGACAGCGAUGGCCGGCCACCGCAGAUCGACGUCACCCGAGCUCGCCAUGAAGUUGUUUCAUCUCCCGAUGGAACCCCAUCCUUCAUCUCUGCCGAAGAUCGUCUACGGAGCAUGAUCUCGCCGCACCUGAACGUUGGCCGUGAUUUUGGUGGAACUUUCUCCGGGCAGACCUCGAUUGCCGGCAGCGACACAGACUCUUCCGAGGAGGAUGGCCACAGACCGGAAAUCACAGCCGUGACCAAGAUCAAGGUUGGCAUUGUUUCCAAUGGAGACAACACCGGCGCCAACGGCAGUAUCAACAGCAUCGUCGGUGGUCAAACUAAAGGAAACAUGACACCAAACACCGAAGACGAGCAAUCAGACGAGAAGAGCCGGCGGCGUCGCGCCAACCGCCUUGGUGAUACCAAUAGCAGCCAUCGAGGCUCUGAGGCCGACGAAGAUGACAUUGACGCCGCGGAGAAGCGGGACAGGAGUAUCUUGGGUAGUGUUUACUGAACGACAUGACGAAGGCGCCUAGCGGUGGUUUAUCACAGGCCACACGAAGCUGAGUGUGGGUUUCUUUGUGGGAAGGCGCAUCUACGGAUAUGGGACCUGUGUUGGAAUGCGACUUUUCUCUUCUCCUUGCUCAUGAACGAUUUACAUGCAUGCGAUUAGGGGUUUACAACGCAUUAGACGGGCACGGGUUACUUCAUCGAUGGCGCCUUGUUGGAUUCGUUGUUGUCCAGUUGUUGGUUACGACAUGAGGAGGAUAUACCUAGAUUGCAUGGUACGAAUAGACAAAAAGGGGCAGUCAUGUCAAUGCCCACAAAUUGAAACAUUCAAGCGUACUCUGCCAACAUGACUGUGAUGUUGAUUUGAUAUACAAGUGACAGGAUCACAUCAACAUCCUUGGUGUGUAAUCUAGAGUGCCCCUUGCUUACGUCGGCACAAAA